GUGCCUCGGCUUGGCACGGAGAACUACAGACCCCAGAAGCCCUUGCGGCCUCGGCGUGACCCGGAGAACUAUAUGUCCCAGAAGCCCUUGCGGCGCCCCAGCCCCGCGUGGCCGCGGGUUGUGAUAGGCCCGGCGGCGGGAGCCAAUAGGCCCGGGCGUUGUUUGGGGGGGACGAUGGCUUUCUUCACAGGCCGCCUGGGCCGCCUCUGGCCUCUGCCUCCCGGGGGCAGCUUCUUCCUGCUGCAGCGCGUUGCAGCCUCCCCCUCGCAGCCCAGGACAAUUUCCAUCCUCUCAGAUGCUUUGGGGCAGCCUCCAAGCACCAGCCUGUCCUUCAGAUCUGCAGGCAUCUUCCAAAGCAUCCCUAGACACCUGUCACCAUGGAGCCUUCAACAAAUACGCACCAAGGCACGCGGGAAUGAAUAUCAACCAAAGAACCUCAAGCGCAAGCGGACCCAUGGGUGGAUCAAGCGUAUUAGAACUCCCAGCGGGAUCGAGGUGAUCCUCCGACGCAUGCUGAAAGGCAGGAAAUCGCUGAGCCACUGAGUGUUGUAGCUGCAGGAUCUGUUGAGCAUGAAAAGUUUCAGUCAAGCCUGAAUAAUCAUCCGCAACUCAGACCUUUAGAGUGAACCAGCCUGAGAGUUUGCAGUGACAUAGACUUCUCUAUGUAACACCCAUGAGCGACUGACUAUUCCCAUCAUGUUAUAACAUGUGGUGAAGAAUUACUGAGUCUACUUUGACAGAUGUGGGAUGCUGGUUUUCUUUUCCACUGGCUUCACUUGAUGGCUAAUUAUUUUAAUGGCAAAAUUAUUACAACUGGUGGGAGUAGUUCUAAGGUAAAAAUUGUGCAUCCAUGAGGCGUAAUUACAAAAUAAUAAAAAAUCAUAUCAA